AUGUCGUGUGUCCAUUACAAGUUUUUCUCCAAGCUCAACUAUUCUACUGUCAUUUUCCAUGGCCAAAGUAUCUCCCUGCGUGACCUCAAGCGCCAGAUCAUGGCCCGUGAGAAGCUGAAGGUGACCAGAUGUGACCUGCAGGUCACCAAUGCCCAGAGUAGAGAAGAAUACACAGAUGAUAAUAUGUUAAUUCCUAAGAACUCAUCAGUAAUUGUUAGAAGAAUCCCAGUUAAAAAUACCAGCAAAACAAAUGCCCUAAGCAGAUCAGAACCAGUGAGUGGAACAUCUAGAAGGCAGACGGAGGUACUGAGUGGAGCACCAAAAGCUAUCAGUGACUCCUCUGCACCUCUUUCUCUGGCCCAACUUAUUGAGACUGCUGAUCUGGCUGGAGCCAAUGCUUCUGAAGAGGACAAAAUCAAAGCCAUGAUGAUCCAGUCCUGCCGUUACUAUGACCCAGCCAAUUACAUGAAGAACACCUUGGCUCCUCCUCCAUCAUAUGUUUGCUUUUGCUGUGGGAAGCCUGGCCACUAUAGAAAGAACUGCCCAGAAAAUGGGGGCCAAACUGCUGAGCCUGUUUCCAGAAUUAAAAAGAGCACUGGAAUUCCAAGGAGCUUCAUGCUAGAGGUGACAGAUCCAACCACAAAGGGAGCACUGCUGACAAGGACUGGGAAAUACGCAGUACCAGUUAUUAAUGCAGAAGCUUAUGCUAGAGGAAAGAAGGAAAAUCGUGCCUUUUCAUCAGAAAAACCAUCAUCAUCCUCCUCUGAUGAUGAUGCCAUUCCUGAAGAGUUCUUGUGUCCCAUCUGCAAAGCUCUGCUGACCGAUGCUGCUAUCAUCCCUUGCUGUGGGAACAGUUACUGUGAUGAGUGUAUUAGAACAGCAUUACUGGAGUCUGAAGAACACACCUGCCCAACCUGUCAGCAGUCAGAUGUCUCUCCUGACACCCUGGUUGCUAACAAGUGCUUACGCCAGGUAACAUGA